AUGGACGUGUCCGCUAAACUAGCGGGAAAAGGGGUGAAUUAUAAAGCAGAAGAGCCCGUUUCGGAGUACAAUCCCUUUCUCCGGGCCAUCCACAAUGACUCUCGCAUUUCGGGCUUCUCUUUCCCUCCUGAUCCCAUUUCUGGCUCCCAACCGCCAGUGGUCAAAGUUCUCGCCUAUGCGGAUGAUACUUUAGUAACCCUUAACAAUCCAUCAGAAUUCGCUGCUCUCGAGGAUCUACUCGGAAAGUAUAUGUCUGCUUCUAAUGCCUCCCUCAAUUACAACAAAACUGAAGCACUCUCCCUAUCUGGUAGCAACCAUCCUCAUUGGGUUCAGUUCCUGGCCUCUAAAGGUAUCACUUCAUGGCAUGAUCGUUCCUCUCUAACGGUCCUGAAAUACCUUGGUUACCCUAUCCAUGCCAAUCGUCAACAGCGAACUUCAUUCGUCUCCGCCCUCAUCUCUAACAUCAGUCGCUCUUGUCAACUUCAUUCCUGUCGGAACCUGACCUACCGCGGUCGUGUCACCGUUGUGAACUCCUUGAUACUCUCCAAACUAUGGCAUGUUCUUCGGUUGGUUACCUUCACCAAGUCUGAAUUCAACAAGAUACGCCAAAUCAUCACUUCCUUUAUUAACCGAAACUCCAAAAUCAGCCGCUUCUCUUUUGACACUCUCAUUUUACCUCGAUCCCAGGGCGGUCUGAACCUGAUCAAUCCUGCGAGACAAGCCCAAGCUCUGCAAUGGCGAUGGAUCCAUCCACUCCUUCAUCCUACACAACCUUCUCCAUCAUUGAUGCCUUCCAUUCCAAUCCUUCGGUCCACCCUCUCCAUGUGUCUCGGUUCCACUCGAUUCCCAUCCUACCACUGGUCACUCCUUUUCCCUCAAUGUCGCCCGUCUGGUCUACCCUCUUUUGGUCCUGUUGCCAACAUCAUCAUUGCCGUAGACUCUAUCAUUAGAAACUUUUCCUUCUGCUCCGUCCCCAUUCCUGUCAUCCUCCGCCUCCCUUUCACUUCCCUCCUUCAACAUGCGCUACCCCCUUCCCAUCCUUUCGCCUCCACCUUUUCCCCACCCUCCGUCAUCCUAGCUGACCAUCUCACCCUACGUCAGGAUCUCUUUGGAUCUGAUAUCUUUGAUUACAACUCUACUUCCAACACCAUUGUUUUCAAAGAAUCUUUUGAGCACCUCCCCCAUCCUCACUGCAGUCGCCGUGCCAUCAAUUUCAUACAUGAUCAAUACCUCUUCCUCAAUACGUUCACCCUAAACACCAUGCUCACAAAUAUCCCUCGUCCCCUCCCCACUACUGAUCAAUUAUCCACCUCCUCCAUACUCACCCUUGACUCUCUCCACUCCCUUCUUCUCUCCAUGAUCUCCUCACACUUUGAUCUAGAUUUCCAACAAUUCCAUCCAGUCCCUGCGACUACCACUGGUUAUAAAUCCUUACCUUCCUACCAUGUUCCUCCCAAACCUCCAUCUGUCUUAUCCUCUGCCAAAUGGAAACGUCUCUGGUCCUUACGUAUCCCAUUGAAUGCACGUAACACCUGGUUCCGCAUCCUUCAUAAUAAAGUCGCCACAAGAGACAUUCUUCAUGAACGGCAACCUCAUAUCCACCAUCCCUUUUGUAGGAUCUGCCACUCAUCCACCGAAACAUUGGAACACUUCCUCUUUGCCUGUCCCCACAAACGAUCCUUUUGGUCUUCCGCCCUCUCCAUUUACAUGCCCCCUCUCAUCUCCCAAAACAGUUACCAAAACUUCCAGAAAUUCCUUCUUUUCGAACACAACCCUUCUCGUCAAGAUCAUUCAAUCUAUCCGAAUCUCUCUGCUUACCAGGUUUUCGCCUGCAUGCUACAAACUAUAUGGUAUCACCACUACCAGUUUACAUUCCAGGACAAACCUUUCCUACCAUCAAUUUUACUCUCAUCACUUCGUAGCUCAUUAGAUACCUUACAUUUCCAAGAAACCUUAGAUCAGUCUCCAUAA